CCGCAACGACAGGAUGCAUUCCCGUUCUCUACACAUUCGACGGCUCCCUCACCGCGCCGUGUUCACUUCCCGCCAACACCAACUCUUACUUCUACGUAUGCUACCCACUCGUCGGCUAUAUAUGAUCGGUCGCCUGUCCCAAUCUCUCCCAAUCAAUGUGCGCUGCCUAGGCGUCAUGAGCGGGAAUUUGUCUGUAGCGAUGACAGUCGGUCAUAUCCAACGGCCGAGAUCAAGGGAAGCUAUUUUCACCCUCGCGCCUACGAGGCGUGUACCCCGGAA